GAGAGAGAAACUUGUUAAUUUUUGUUUUAGAGAGAGAAAGAGAUGAAAAAAACUAGCCGUUGAGAGGCGCCUCUGAACCAUUAACAAACCUGACAGAUUGUCCCGGGGUUUUUUAACUUUUCACGAGAUUUUCUCUCUCCUCACGUGCUGCUAUGACACUCAAAAAAAAACUACAAAGCCCUCUCUUUUCUGUUUCAUCCCCUGUUUCAUCAAGUCAUUUUCAGCUCCUCACCAAAAUAAAAACCCCAAAAAUAAAAUAAAACAAAAACCCAUCAACAUUUUCAAAUUUUAAGAAAUACCCAUUUACUCAAAUGUUGAAUACAACUCAGAAAAAGAAGGGAAAAUGGAAGAAACAAUCCCAAGUUUCCGGUAUCGGCUUCGGGUUGGAUUACAAGAAGUUGGUGUUUUUGGGUCAAUUGUUGAUGGUUUUAUGUCAACAAGUUACAAGUGAGAAAGAGUGGGAUGGUGUGGUGAUUACACAAGCUGAUUAUCAAGGUUUACAAGCAUUUAAGAAUGAGUUAAUUGAUCCAAAAGGGGUUUUAAGGAGUUGGAAUGAUAGUGGUUUUGGUGCUUGUUCUGGUGGUUGGGCUGGAAUUAAAUGUGCACAAGGUCAAGUUAUUGUAAUUCAGCUUCCUUGGAAAGGUUUAGGAGGUAGAAUUACUGAUAAAAUUAUCCAAUUUCAAGCACUUAGGAAACUCAGUCUUCAUGAUAAUCUCAUUAGUGGUUCAAUCCCAUAUUCAUUAGGCCUUCUUCCUAAUCUUAGAGGUGUUCAGCUCUUUAAUAACCGCCUUUCCGGUCCAAUUCCGGCUUCAUUAGGCCAAUGUCCUUUGCUUCAAACCCUUGAUCUUAGCCAUAAUUUCUUAACAGGAACUAUCCCUCCUAGUAUUGCUAAUUCUACUAAGCUUUAUUGGGUCAAUUUGAGCUAUAAUUCCUUGCAAGGUCCUAUACCGGGUGAGUUAACUCGUUCAAGUAGGCUUACUGUUCUUUCUCUUCAAUACAAUAAUCUAUCUGGGAUUUUGCCUAAUGAUUUGGGAAAACUUUCUAAUAUCAAGACAUUGGAUUUGUCUCAUAAUUUUAUUAAGGGUAGUCUUCCUAGUAGUAUUUCAAGUUUAUCCACUUUAAACACAUUGAACUUAGAGAGUAACAAAUUUGUAGGAAAUUUGCCUGAAAGUAUAGGUAACCUUCAUAAUUUGUCUAUGCUUAGCCUUAGAAGGAAUCGACUCGAGGGCCGAAUUCCUCUAUCUAUUGGCAAUCUUUCCACCCUCAAACAGCUUGAUUUAUCUUUCAAUGACUUCAGUGGAGAAAUCCCAACUUCACUUUCUAAUCUAUUAAGCCUUAGUUUCUUGAAUGUCUCAUACAAUAACCUUUCUGGUUCAGUUCCUAAUAAACUUUCUCAAAAGUUUAAUUCAAGCUCUUUUAUUGGGAAUCUUCAACUAUGUGGGUUUAGUCCUUCAUCACCAUGUCCUUCACAAGCACCAUCUCCUUCUUUCGGCAUCCAAGAAGAAGCGAAAAAAAGCCGAAAAAUGAGUAUCAAAGACAUAAUCCUGAUAACAGCAGGUAUUCUCCUUGUAGUCAUGCUCAUCCUAUGCUGCAUACUACUCUUCUGCUUAAUCAGGAAAAGGGCUGUGUCAAGAAAAGAGAAAGAGGGUACUGCUGCCACGGGGAGGGCUAUACAAGCCGAGAAGGGAGGCCCGUCUGGCGGGCCGGAAGUCGAGACAGGCGAGACCGGAGGUAAACUGGUUCAUUUUGAUGGUCCAAUGGUGUUUACAGCAGAUGAUCUUUUGUGUGCUACAGCUGAGAUUAUGGGGAAGAGCACAUAUGGAACUGUUUAUAAAGCUACAUUGGAGGAUGGAAGUCAAGUAGCUGUGAAGAGGCUAAGAGAGAAGAUUACAAAAGGGCAGAAGGAAUUUGAAGCUGAAGUUAAUGUAAUUGGCAAAAUUAGACACCCUAAUCUUUUGGCAUUGAGAGCUUAUUAUUUAGGCCCUAAAGGAGAAAAGCUUCUUGUCUUUGAUUAUAUUCCUAAUGGAAGCCUUGCAAACUUCUUACAUGUUCGAGAGUCAGACAUAAGAGUAGAGUGGCCAACAAGAAUGAGAAUGAUACAAGGAAUGGCAAGGGGACUCUUCCACCUUCACAACAAUGAGAAUAUAAUUCAUGGCAACCUGACAUCAAGCAAUGUCCUGAUUGAUGAUAAUAUCAGUGCCAAAAUUUCAGACUAUGGCCUAUCAAGACUAAUGACAGCAUCAGCUGCAGCAAAUGUGAUUGCUACUGCAGGAGCAUUAGGAUACCGUGCCCCUGAGCUGUCGAAGCUCAAGAAAGCAAACACGAAAACAGACGUGUAUAGUCUAGGGGUGAUCAUCUUGGAGCUACUGACCGGGAAGUCACCCGGGGAAGCAAUGAACGGUGUUGAUUUGCCGCAGUGGGUGGCGUCCAUUGUUAAAGAAGAGUGGACUAAUGAGGUAUUUGACUUAGAGUUGAUGAAGGAUGCGUCAACUAUUGGUGAUGAGUUGCUCAACACCUUGAAGUUGGGUUUGCAUUGUGUUGACCCUUCACCAGCUUCGAGGCCAGAGGUUCAGCAGGUUUUGCAGCAGUUGGAGGAAAUAAGGCCGGUUGAUACUGCCACUACAUCGGGUGACGACGGUGGUGGUGAUCCGUCAGCCAGUGAAUAAGGGAGUUUUUGUAGGGAUUUUUUUGGUGUUUUUGUUACUAGUCUUGAUCAUCUUUUGCUAAUGUGUUAUGUAAAUAGAAUUCAAUUAAUAUCUGUUAGUUGCUCCUAAAAAUGAUCAUGGAUUAGUAGGUUUGUUUCCUUCUCUUGUUCCCGAUCCAAUAGGAACAAGAGAAUUUUGUUUUUGUUCAAAGCAAAGUCCAUUCUUUUA